AUGAUCAACUUUGUCAUGCUCGUGAGCCGGCAAGGCAAGGUCCGCCUUGCCAAGUGGUUCCAGACGCUCCCUUCCAAGAACAAGGCCAAGAUCGUCAAGGACGUGACACAGCUUGUGCUUGCGCGCCGGACGCGUAUGUGCAACUUUUUGGAGUACAAGGGUGAGUCUGGCGUCGGUGGUGCGGUAGGAGGUGCAGUGGAGAGGGAAGGCGACUUGCCUGGUCCACCCCGUCUCGGUCGCGUUAUCAGCUGCUCGUCGCUUGUCCUUGUGCUAACAGUCUCAGACACCAAGGUCAUCUACCGCCGCUACGCGUCGCUCUUCUUCAUCACCUCGAUCACCCCUAGUGACAACGAGCUCAUCACCCUCGAGGUCAUUCACCGCUACGUCGAGGUUCUCGACCGGUACUUUGGCAAUGUGUGCGAGCUCGACCUCAUCUUCAACUUCCAGAAGGCAUAUGCGAUCCUCGACGAGCUGAUAAUUGCUGGCGAGCUGCAAGAAUCAUCAAAGAAGGCCGUACUCAAGAUUGUUGCCCAGAGUGACGCGAUCGAGGAAGCCGAGGUCUCCGAGGACUCGCUCGCGCGACUGGGCAGUCUCGCGCGCUAA